AUGCAUGCACUAGCUGUCAUUCAUCUAGAAGAUGAGUUCCCAGAGGCCUAUGUACAAACCUGGUACACCAAGCAAACCCAGCUUCAAAUUUACUCCAACUUUAUAAGGCUAGUAAGGGGUCCUAAACAAUGGGUCUCUUUGUCAAACAUGUUGUUAAUAGUACCUCCUACUCUAAGAAGGCCACCUGGCAGACCUACUAAGGUGAGAAAGAAAGAACCUGAUAAACCACAAACAACAGAACGGUUGAUCAAGAGAGGGGUGGACAUGAGGUGCAGUAAAUGCAAAAGAAUAGGUCACAAUAAGAGGAGUUGCAAAGAGGAAGUUGACCAAAACAUUCCAGUCAAAAGAGAUAAAGUUGGUGUUCACAGUCAAGUGGUUUCCCCAACUCAGCAAUAG